AUCUCGCAGUAUGGACGCCACUGACCGCCAACCUAUCCGUGCGUGGUCCCUACUUUAUCGACCGAAUUAUGACUUCUUGUAUUGACGUUGCUGUCAAGCUGUCAAUUCGAACCAAAAUCAAGAAAUAAUUCAUCAAUACGUUAAUUAUAGCCCGUUUUAAGUGUUUUAAACCCUCUUCGUACGUCUAAUUCAAUCACGGAAAAAAUUGUUGUGGUCACUAGACUGGCUCUCCCCACAAGAGCGCACUCACGUGAGUUCGAUUAUUACCUUGCAGACUCGUGAUUUUGGCCUCAAAGUUAAAACCACCAGCACCACCCAACCUGGACAAAAUUUCAUAAAACAGAAGAAUUAAGUGGGCGGCACCCAGAUCCGAAGAAUGAGGGCGAUAUUGGGUUACACCUUCGUCGGAACCGCAACCGCGGUCAUAACAAUCCUCUCCUUUUACCACGUCUUGACGGGAAAAGGCGAAAGGAUCAGCUUUGGCUGGUUCCUCGAGAACACGUCCCCCUACAUGUGGGCCACCAUCGGAAUAGGGCUGUCUGUGGCCCUCUCGGUCGUGGGGGCCGCGAUCGGGAUCCACACCACCGGCGUCAGCAUCAUCGGCGGCGGCGUGAAAGCCCCCAGAAUCAAAACCAAGAACUUGAUUUCGGUCAUUUUCUGUGAAGCUGUGGCCAUUUACGGUCUGAUUACCGCUAUCGUGCUGUCUGGGUACCUGGAGGAGUUCACUUAUGCGAGAGUCGUGGGGAACGAGGAGCUGAAGGCUAUCAAUUGGCUCGCCGGGUAUCUCAUGUUCGGGGCUGGAGUGGGCGUCGGGUUCGUCAAUUUGUUCUGCGGGAUUGCAGUGGGCAUCGUGGGGUCGGGGGCGGCGUUGGCCGACGCCGCCAACGCGGCGCUGUUUGUCAAGAUUUUGAUCGUGGAGAUUUUCGGCAGUGCCAUCGGGCUUUUUGGGCUGAUUGUGGGGAUUUAUAUGGUGUCGAAGGUGUCGAUGGGUGAUAAACAGGCCUAAGUAUUCACUGUGUGAUCUAUGUACUCCUAUGUAAACUUAAUUAUUGUGUAUAUAUUACGUACAAGUUUAUUUAAGGCGUCUCUAGUGUAGGUUUGAUGGGGCUUUUAGAAAUGUUGGAGACCAUGAAUCUCGAUUAGGAAUUAAAUUCUCAUCUUUUAUUCUCUCAUGGAAACUUGAGAUCUGUGCAAAAGUUGAGUGAGAAGUUAUUGUUAUUUGUGUAAUUAUUUCUGAUGAUGUAUAUUUGUUAUUGUUAAAUAUUCAGAUUGUAGUAAACUUUAAAUUAAAUGAUAGACGUAAA